GCAACUUUAGGUAAUUUCGACCAACAAUUCGGCUUGCCGCUUUCGUUUUGUUGUUUCCAUUUACUUUUAUGACCUGACCGUGAAAUCAAUAAGUAUAAAAUAUUUAAAUCCGUGAAGAGACAAAUUUAGCAUGACGGAAUUCGCGGAGGUCGUGCCCUACUAUGGAUUAAUGGAUGGAAUCUCGUCGAGAAUCGGGGUCCCCGUUGAGGCCUUUCGAUUGCUCCUGACUAUCCUUGCAGGUUAUCCCUUGGCAGCGUUUUAUAUCAAGUAUAUCGCAAGCAUUGCCGAUAAGACCGUACAUCACCUGUUCUUUGCCGGAUGUGGACUUGGGUUAUGUUACUUCAACUAUGGCUACGACACAUAUCACUCCCUGGUGGGAAUCCUGACCACCUAUUUCCUGGUACUCUUCCUGCGAAAAAAAGCACAAAUAUUCCUGGCCCUCAACUUUGUGUUCCACAUGAGUUAUCUGUUGCUGGGUUACUUCUUCACCUCCAGCAACGAAUACGACAUCCUAUGGACGAUGCCGCAUUGCAUUUUGGUACUCCGAAUGAUCGGAUACGGCUUUGAUAUCACCGACGGACUGAAAGAGGAAUCAGAGCUGUCGAAGGACCAAAAGGAAACUGCCUUGAAGAAACCACCAUCGCUGCUGGAACUCUUGGCCUUUGCAUAUUUUCCCAGUGGGUUCUUGGUGGGACCGCAGUUCCCCUUUCGCCGAUAUCAGGCCUUCGUUAAUGGCCAAUUCAGACAGCACGAGGGAAGCUUGAACGCUGGCGUUCGGCGAUUCGGAGCUGGGUUCUUCUACCUGAUAGUCUGCCAAGUGGGCUUGAGGUAUUUCCCCGAUUCGUACUUCCUCACUCCGGAGUUUGCCGAGGUUCCGUUCAUCAAGAGGAUCUACUUCCUGGGCUUCUGGGCCAAGUUCAGUUUGUACAAGUACAUAUCAUGCUGGCUGCUCACCGAGGGAGCCCUUAUCUGUAUUGGCUUGACCUACAAAGGAGAGGACAAGGACGGACAACCAGAUUGGUCGGGCUGCAGCAACGUGAAGCUAAGGCUCCUGGAAACUGGCAACACGAUGGAGCACUACGUGCAGAGCUUCAACGUAAACACGAAUCAGUGGGUGGGACAGUACAUCUACAAGCGGCUCAAAUUCCUCAACAAUCGCACGAUCAGUUACGGUGCGGCGUUGGGUUUCUUGGCCAUUUGGCAUGGAUACCACAGCGGAUACUACAUGACCUUCCUAAUGGAAUACAUGGUCGUGAGCACUGAGAAGCAGAUAACCCGCUUUUACACAAAGGUUGUGUUGCCGAAAUAUGGCCAGAUCCUCAACAACUCGGACAUCUAUAAGCUGCUCUACUUUAUCACCAUGAAAUCUUACAAUAUUGUGUACAUGGGCUGGUGUCUCACGGCGUUUGUGUAUCUGAAGUACGAGCGGUGGAUCGUGGUUUACGGAGCGGUUGACUACUACGGAUUCACCUUCCUCUUCGUAUGGGCUGUCUUCUAUCACACCUAUUAUCACUUCUUUGGAAGCCGUUCCCGAAGAGCAGCUGGCGAGGAUGAGAAGACACAGGAAAAGAUCACAGAAAACGUCACAGAGGAAAAGAAACCAGAGGACAAAAAGUUGGAGUAGGGAAGAAAAGAUUGAAAAUUAGCUGGAAGUUAUCUAAAAUUUUAGUUUCGCCUUGACAAUUGUUUGGAAUUGGUAUUAAUCAAAGAAUCGAAUUAAUUUGACUAACCAAAUAAGAAGUUUCACCAAAUAAUAUGCCACUCUAACUAGAGAUUUGUUAACUAGCUAUUGGAAUGCAAUUUUAUACAUAUAUAUAUCGUUUGCCUAGUCAAGGAGGAGUCAUCCCCGAACAUGCAGUGGUUUUUUGGCGAUAAGAUACUGUUUUAUCUCGCCCAAAGGCACAUUGCCAGUCUAUAUAUAUUGUGGAAUUGUAAAUUGUUUAAGUGUUACAAAACCGUUUAGUUCAACUAGUAACUAGACAGAUCACAUAUAAGACUUUAUCAGACCCGGGUCUUUGAAAAUCAAACAACUUCUUUAACAGAUUUCUUGUAUUUUAAUGGAGACUAAGCCAUAAAGACAGUUUUAUACUAUUGCAGAGAUGAUGCAAAGAUAUAUUUUGAUAUGCUCACGCUGAGAGCAAAUUUCAGUAACGGAAAUGCGAAAUAAAUGCAAUGGAAUUAUU